AACAGCGGUCAGGUGUCAGACUUGCAUCAGUCAGUAAAUGUCAUAUAUUUUACGAGCGCUUAAUUUAUUUAAUCAUCGGCACUUUAUAUUCAGAGUAAGUUCCCUUGAAAGGGAAGUUAUUGCGAAUGAAAUUCGAGAGACAGUUUAUCAAAAGUUACGAUUAAUUGGUCCUUUAUGUAAUUAUGUCAACAACAAAAAUGUAUUGUGUUGUAACUAGUAAGCCCCGAAGAACAUUUCUUUAAUGAAAAGUGAAGUGGUUAUUUUCAAAUAUGAACGAAUGCCUCUUCAUGUAAAUAAUGUCUCCCGUAGGCGGAAGCACGUGGUGCCGAUCAAAACAUUGCAACACACGUGUUGACGUUUCAAUUUUAUCAGACUAUUUGGGAUUAUAUCUUCGUUUGAAACAAACAACAAGGAAAUGAGCACCGGCAUGGGAAAUGGGGAGGUAACUCCCCAUACGGAGGAGGAGGAGGUGGGGAAGCGCGUGCUGGCCCAGUUCAAGAGCGAGACGGGAGAGGUGGCAGGAAAUCCGUUUGACUUGCCGGUUGAUAUCACCGUUGACAAGCUCAAACUAGUAUGCAGUGCCAUCCUCCAGAAAGAUGAAAGCACGCCAUAUUCAUUCUUUGUCAAUGAGACAGAGAUUCAGGAAAGCCUUGAGAAAACCCUACAGAAGGUCGAAGUGACCUCUUCAGAACAAGUGCUUGAUAUUGUGUAUCAGCCCCAAGCUGUAUUCCGAGUGCGAGCUGUCACACGCUGCACCAGCACAAUAGAGGGCCAUGCAGAUGCUGUUAUAGCAGUAGCCUUUAGUCCAGACGGAAGGCACCUUGCAAGUGGAUCUGGUGACACUACAGUCCGGUUUUGGGACGUCAGUACAGAGACUCCCCACUUCACAUGUAAAGGUCACAGACACUGGAUUCUGUGUAUUGCCUGGUCUCCGGAUGGGAACAAGUUGGCUUCAGGAUGCAAGAAUAGUCAGAUCUGUGUGUGGGAUCCCAACACAGGGAACCAGAUUGGCCGAACCCUGACCGGACACAAGCAGUGGAUCACAUGGUUGUCAUGGAAACCACUUCAUCUAGAUCCAGAAUGUCGCUAUUUGGCUAGUUCGUCCAAGGACGGCACGGUGAGGAUCUGGGACACCGUGCUCGGCCACACCCACCUGACACUGUCCGGGCACCUGCAGUCUGUGUCAUGUGUCAAGUGGGGGGGCACGGACCUUCUCUACACCGCGUCACAGGACCGCACUGUCAAGGUGUGGAGAGCCAGCGAUGGAGUGCUGUGUCGUACACUGCAAGGUCACAGUCACUGGGUGAACACAAUGGCCUUGAGCACUGACUAUGUCAUCCGGACAGGAGCCUUCGACCCAAAAGAUGCUAAACUGGUCCACAGAGACGUCACGGAAUCAGGUGAGGAGUUGUCGAAGCUUGCUCUACAGAGAUACAAUGCUGUCAAGGGCACGUCGCCAGAGAGACUAGUGACAGGGUCCGAUGACUUCACACUGUUCCUGUGGCAUCCGGAGGAGGAGAAGAAACCUGUGUGUCGCAUGACAGGGCACGCUCAACUCAUCAAUGAGGUUCUCUUCUCCCCCGAUACCAGGCUCAUCGCCAGUGCAUCCUUCGACAAGUCGGUCAAGGUCUGGGAUGGAAGAUCUGGAAAGUUCAUAGCAUCUCUGCGGGGCCACGUGAGCCGAGUGUACCAGGUGGCGUGGUCUGCUGACAGUCGGCUGCUGUGUAGCGGUAGUUCCGACUCCACACUCAAAGUCUGGGACAUGAAGACCAGGAAGCUCCUGUGCGAUCUCCCAGGCCAUGCAGACGAGGUAUACUCUGUAGACUGGAGUCCAGAUGGUCAGCGGGUGGUCAGUGGAGGGAAGGACAAGGUGCUCAAAGUCUGGCGACAUUGACAGCGUCUCUCACCGAAGACAGCCCCAACCUGGGAAGCAGCCAAUCAGCAGCCUCGGAACACGGCGAUGCAUCACGAUAUGACAAGGACAGAACCAACUCGUAGUUUCCUCCAGAACAUGGCAGUUCACUCAGAGGAGAUUAAACAUGUCAGCAGUUUUAUACAACAAGCACCAGUUCCCGUUGGGAGGAACGGUAAUAUGCCUGUGGCCUGCUUGUAGGCUACAGCCAUUAACAUGACAGUUGUGGACUAAAUAUGUCACUUGAGGAUCUGAGGAAGAGCUACGAGCAAUGAGCAGCAUGUUUACGUGUGUUGAAACACUGCUUUAUGCUUUAUGUGUACUGACACACUUUAAAAACGCAUGUUCAAAUUUUUGUAAUAUUUGGCAAAAUGGCCACAAAUGAAAUUAAGUUUUCGGGGUAUUUAGGCAUAAGAUAUUAAAACACCAAAACGUUGUAAAAGAUUCAAAUCUCAUUUUAUGUGUUUGAAGGCCCAUAUUCAAUUUUUGGUAAUAUUUGGCAAAAUAGUCACAAAAGGAAAUUAAGUUUUCGGAGUAUUUAGGCAUAAUAUAUUAAAACACCAAAAUGCCGUAAAAGGUUCAAAUCUCAUUUGAUGUGUUUGAAGGCCCAUAAUUCAAGUUUUUGUAAUAUUUGGCAAACUGGCCACAAAAUGAAAUUAAGUUUUUUGAGUAUUUAGGCAUAAGAUAUUAAAACACCAAAAUGCCGUAAAAGGUUUCAAAUCUCAUUUGAUGUGUUUGAAAGCCCAUAUUGAAAUUUCUGUAAUAUUUGGCAAAAUGGCCACAAAAUGAAAUUAAGUUUUCGGGUAUUUAGGCAUAAGAUAUCAAAACACCAAAAUGUUGGAAAGGGUUCAAAUCUCAUUUGAUGUGUUUGAAAGCCCAUAUUGAAUUUUCUGUAAUAUUUGGCAAAAUGGCCACAAAUGAAAUUAAGUUUUCGGGGUAUUUAGGCAUAAGAUAUCAAAACACCAAAACGCCGUAAAAGGUUAAAAUCUCAUUUGAUGUGUUUGGAGGCCCAUAUUCAAUUUUUGGUAACAUUUGGCAAAAUGCUCACAAAUGAAAUUAAGUUUUUGGGGUAUUAAGGCAUAAGAUAUUAAAACACCAAAACGUUUUAAAAGAUUCAAAUCUCAUUGAUGUGUUUGAAGGCCCAUAUUCAAGUUUUUGUAAUAUUUGGCAAACUGGCCACAAAAUGAAAUUAAGUUUUCGAGUAUUAAGGCAUAAGAUAUUAAAACACCAAAAUGCCGUAAAAGGUUCAAAUCUCAUUUGAUGUGUUUGAAAGCCCAUAUUGAGAUUUCUGUAAUAUUUGGCAAAAUGGCCACAAAAUGAAAUUAAGUUUUCGGGGUAUUUAGGCAUAAGAUAUCAAAACACCAAAAUGUUGUAAAGGGUUCAAAUCUCAUUUGAUGUGUUUGAAAGCCCAUAUUGAAUUUUCUGUAAUAUUUGGCAAAAUGGCCACAAAAUGAAAUUAAGUUUUCGGGGUAUUUAGGCAUAAGAUAAUAAAGAACAAAAAUGUCGAAAGGGUUCAAAUCUCAUUUGAUGUGCUUGUAAACUAAUAUUGAAUUUUGUAAUAUUUGGCAAAAUGGCAACAAAAUGAAAUUAAGUUACUUGGUAUUUAGGCAUAACAUAAUCAAACGUAAUAAUGUUGUCGUAAGGGUUCAAAUGACAUUUGAUGUGUUUUGAGAUAACUGCUAAAAUCAUUUCCUUGUCAAAAUCAUUUCCUUGUCAUUCAUUUUGAUUUACCGGUAAUGUGGAUUUUGGGUUUUCAUUGUGUUUCAGUAUAUAUGAUAAGCAUAGGCAGAUAUCAACAUUUAUCUGAUAGUUCUUAUAGGGUUUUAUUUACUUAGGGAAAUGUGGUACAGGGGAAUAUGGCUUUAGUCAUUGUUCUUGGAAUGUCUCAAUCUUGAACUGGUUAGUAGUGCUUUAAUUUCCAAAAACACACCAUCAUAUAAUGUAAAUGUUUUUUAAAAUGGGUGUUUUCAUAUUUUCAUUGAUUGUACUGGUAGCUUAUGGAUAUGUGAAUAUGAAAUAUUAUGUAUAUGUAAAUAUGAAUUGUUAAUGUAUCAGUGCAAAUGAUGUAUUUUAGAUAAUCAUGUAUGUGUUAUGUUGAAACCAGUGAUGGAGAAUGGAGAGCUACUUUUAAUGCUUCACACUCAGCAUCACUCUGGCACGGAUGAGGACUUCCAUUCACGGUCAUGUUGAUAUGAUUGUCAUUUGAGUAUCCGACACAGGAAGCUGCCUAACUUUGUGAAGCAUCCCUAAAAUGCCUUUGUAAUACAUUGGUCAGUGCAAAGUGGAUCUCCUUCGAUGAACUGUCCUCACAUUGUUGUAUUGUUAAAUCAUGGAGAUCGUAAUGUUUUACUAAAUGAUUAUAAUUAUGAUUAAGACUUAUUUAUGUUGCCUGGAAUGAUAGUCAAAUGUUCUGAAGAAGUUUUUCUGUUCAAUCAGUAUGUUUUUAAAUAUAUGAUUUCAGAUGUAUGUGAGCUUUUCAAAGUGUUUUGAUGAUUGUCCGUACUAAUAUUUCAUACCUUUAUGUGGACUAUCUAUAUUGAAGACUUCCCUUUUUGAAGUUGUUUUACUCAGUAGUGGGAUUGACAGUCCUAACAAUAGUAGGAGGGAUUUAGAUUUAUCAGGUUUGCACAAUCACUGAAACCUGGGGAACAUUUUAAGAUCAAUCAUUAUUUAAUUUCGAAAAGUCUACCCAGCUUCUUCAAGAACGUCAUCCCGAAGCUGGGAUUCGGAUUGGGUAGAUUGAUGUUUCCCUGCCCUAAAGCAUUGCUAGGCAACUAUGGUAAUAACUUGUCUUGCUGUAAUAGUUUCUCCACAUUACUACAUUGCUCAAGGCUAUUGCCGAUGUGUUAUGUGGCUUAAAAGUCAACCAGUCUGACUUACUUGUGUUUAUCUUUCCCAGCUGCCUGUCUAUCUAACUUGUCUGUCUUUAUCUUUUUCUCUUGUGAGAUUGAAAGUCCCGCCAUACUUGUGUUCCCUGCCUGGUGUUUGUUGAAUUCCAUCUCCAGGCAUCAGGAGGUGGUUGACACAAGUAUGAGCUGGUUGAUGUUCUCUCGCAGGUUCUCUUUCUUCCUCUGGUUAUCUCUCACAUCCACCACACUCUCCCUUUCUUUCACUAUUCUCCUUGUUCCUGUGGGAUUGAAAGUCCCGCCAUGCUUGUGUUUCCUGCCUGGUGGUUGUUGAAUUCCAUCUCCAGGCAUCAGGAGGUGGUUGACACAAGUAUGAGCUGGUUGAUGUUCUCUCGCAGGUUCUCUUUCUUCCUCUGGUUAUCUCUCACAUCCACCACACUCUCCCUUUCUUUCACUAUUCUCCUUGAUCCUGUGGGAUUGAAAGUCCCGCCAUGCUUGUGUUCCCUGCCUGGUGUUUGUUGAAUUCCAUCUCCAGGCAUCAGGAGGUGGUUGACACAAGUAUGAGCUGGUUGAUGUUCUCUCGCAGGUUCUCUUUCUUCCUCUGGUUAUCUCUCACAUCCACCACACUCUCCCUUUCUUUCACUAUUCUCCUUGAUCCUGUGGGAUUGAAAGUCCCGCCAUGCUUGUGUUCCCUGCCUGGUGGUUGUUGAAUUCCAUCUCCAGGCAUCAGGAGGUGGUUGACACAAGUAUGAGCUGGUUGAUGUUCUCUCGCAGGUUCUCUUUCUUCCUCUGGUUAUCUCUCACAUCCACCACACUCUCCCUUUCUUUCACUAUUCUCCUUGAUCCUGUGGGAUUGAAAGUCCCGCCAUGCUUGUGUUCCCUGCCUGGUGUUUGUUGAAUUCCAUCUCCAGGCAUCAGGAGGUGGUUGACACAAGUAUGAGCUGGUUGAUGUUCUCUCACAGGUUCUCUUUCUUCCUCUGGUUAUCUCUCACAUCCACCACACUCUCCCUUUCUUUCACUAUUCUCCUUGAUCCUGUAGGAUUGAAAGUCCCGCCAUGCUUGUGUUCCCUGCCUGGUGGUUGUUGAAUUCCAUCUCCAGGCAUCAGGAGGUGGUUGACACAAGUAUGAGCUGGUUGAUGUUCUCUCACAGGUUCUCUUUCUUCCUCUGGUUAUCUCUCACAUCCACCACACUCUCCCUUUCUUUCACUAUUCUCCUUGAUCCUGUGGGAUUGAAAGUCCCGCCAUGCUUGUGUUCCCUGCCUGGUGUUUGUUGAAUUCCAUCUCCAGGCAUCAGGAGGUGGUUGACACAAGUAUGAGCUGGUUGAUGUUCUCUCACAGGUUCUCUUUCUUCCUCUGGUUAUCUCUCACAUCCAUCACACUCUCCCUUUCUUUCACUAUUCUCCUUGAUCCUGUGGGAUUGAAAGUCCCGCCAUGCUUGUGUUCCCUGCCUGGUGGUUGUUGAAUUCCAUCUCCAGGCAUCAGGAGGUGGUUGACACAAGUAUGAGCUGGUUGAUGUUCUCUCACAGGUUCUCUUUCUUCCUCUGGUUAUCUCUCACAUCCACCACACUCUCCCUUUCUUUCACUGUUCUCCUUGAUCCUGUGGGAUUGAAAGUCCCGCCAUGCUUGUGUUCCCUGCCUGGUGUUUGUUGAAUUCCAUCUCCAGGCAUCAGGAGGUGGUUGACACAAGUAUGAGCUGGUUGAUGUUCUCUCACAGGUUCUCUUUCCCCUUCUUGCCCCCCACUCUCAGUCCCGGGCCUUGUGGAAGCCAGGUUGUUACAACAUUCACCGUCACGCUGAGUACCCAGGUGCUAUUGCCCACAUGGGUGCAAUGUGUGAAACCCAAUUUUGGUAGCCCCAACUGUGACAUGCCUGGAAUAUUGCGAAUCAAAAGGCAUUUAACCUCAAUCACACACUUAACAUAAUUCAUUUUGUCUUGACAUUCUCUCACAAUGUCAUUAUAAAUUUCUGAUUAUCUCACUCAUUCACUCACCAUCUGGGGUACCACAAUUCUCUUUGCAGAGUUGUGCCCCUUGGGUAUGCUAUGAUCUAAUGAUUAUGGGUUCGAAUCCCAGUAUCACCCUGAUUAUGAUCCUUGGUUUGUCAGCACCAUGUCUGUGCACAUGUGUUUCACCAUAGUGGUAAACACAUAAGAUCUGCCUCACUUCAAGCUUUCCUCCCACAUUAAGCUGAUAUGCUGUGGUAUGACUGAAAAAACAGUUGAAAGCAGUGUCAACCAAACACUCCACCACUUACCUUUCACUCUCCCUUUCUUUCACUAUUCUCCUUGAUCCUGUGGGAUUGAAAGUCCCGCCAUGCUUGUGUUCCCUGCCUGGUGGUUGUUGAAUUCCAUCUCCAGGCAUCAGGAGGUGGUUGACACAAGUAUGAGCUGGUUGAUGUUCUCUCACAGGUUCUCUUUCUUCCUCUGGUUAUCUCUCACAUCCACCACACUCUCCCUUUCUUUCACUCUUCUCCUUGAUCCUGUGAGAUUCCUUGCUUGAAUAGGGGGUGCUUCUCCAUGCACCCAGCAUCCACAUGCAUAUGCAGUACGAGGUGGUGCCCCUACAUGCAGUACGAGGUGGUGCCCCUCCAUGCAGGAGGAGGUGGUGCCCCUCCAUGCAGUACAAGGGGGUGCCCCUCCAUGCAGUACGAGGCGGUGCCCCUCCAUGCAGGACGAGGUGGUGCCCCUCCAUGCAGUACGAGGCGGUGCCCCUCCAUGCAGGAGGAGGUGGUGCCCCUCCAUGCAGUACGAGGCGGUGCCCCUCCAUGCAGGAUGAGGAGGUGCCCCUCCAUGCAGUAUGAGGCGGUGCCCCUCCAUGCAGGAGGAGGUGGUGCCCCUCCAUGCAGGAUGAGGUGCUGCCCCGAUUCUCCCUCCUCACACAUGGAUGUCUGGGAAUGACAUGUCCCCAGUACCCCAUAAGAGCCUUCAAGAAGGAGAAUCUUGUGGUUAAAAUGUUUCAUCUUCUCAAGGUGUCAAACAUCAAAUAUUAAUGAUCAUUGCUCAAAUCACUGGUUUGUCUGGUGGAGAAUCUAUUACUUACAGGCAGCCAUGCUGAUAAUAUGCCUGGGUAAUAUUGUCGUCCCAACUCACCCUUCUGAAGUCUGUACAACAAGCAGGUGGUCAACCCAGUCAACUUCCCACUUGGGGGUGACAAACACUAAAGCUGUUUUUAAUCCAGUACAACAAGCAGAAGGUCUCCCCAGUCCAAUUCCCACUUUGGGAUGACGAACACUAAAGCUGUUUUCAAUCAAGUAGAGGAUGAUGAUGUUUAUUUGAUGAAAAAUUUAGUGAUUAGAUCCUACUUGUGUUUGAAAAUCCAAAGUUGAUCAUUUGUGUGCAAACACAAAUACAUUCAUUAGUGUAAUUUCAGAUAUUUUUAUAUUCUGUUUGUGGGGGUAAUAUAUUUGUCGAUAUGUGUAUGUGCUAACUUGGUUAUUUAUGGUACGCAAACCAGAAUCAUGAUGAAAUUGUUUGAAUAUUUUUUACUUUAUUGUUGAAAAUUAUUUUUUUCUGAAGCGUAAGAUGUGAUUUGGGUAACAGUUGAUUUAUCACACAGGGUUUCUCUGCUUAUUUGUAAAAUGUCCACAUAUUCUCUAACAGCAGAGAGACCUCUACGAGUGUCAGAGAAUGUGAUAUAUUAUGUUCAUUUUGAAAUACUGAAUUAUUACUCUAGCAAUUACUGGUUAUUCUACCAGUAUGUUAUCAGCUGGAUGUGUAUUCCAUAUGAAAUCAGCGCAAGAGGCUGGUUUCUCAGAGUGAACCAAGGAGGUCUGUCACAGGCACACAUAGAACAUUUGUCAGGGUUAGUUGUGUAUUCUGUCUAUCAAUACAGCAGUGCUUGUACAACCCCUGCAGGGCGAAGCACAUAGAACAUUUGUCAGGGUUAGUUGUGUAUUCUGUCCAUCAAUACAGCAGUGCUUGUACAACCCCUGCAGGGCGAAGCACAUUGAACAUUUGUCAGGGUUAGUUGUGUAUUCUGUCCAUCCAUACAGCAGUGCUUGUACAACCCCUGCAGGGCAAAGCACAGAGUCCCAUGUUGUUCUCAUGGACACAUGGGAUGCCAAUAAAUUAAAACCUUUA